AUGGCGCUGGUUAGCAUGACCGAGGUGGAGCCGGUGCUGGACUUCGCAUCCUCAGGGAGGACUGGACGCCGCAAUGCCCUACCUGACAUCCUGGGCUCACCGGCAGGCGUCAGCCCCUCUGACCUGCCCCUCAAGCUGGCCGAGAUGUCCCUGAGUGCAGGCAGCUCCCAGGAGAUGCAGUCGCCUUCUGCAGAAGUUCCCCCACCGCAGCCCCAAAGCCCGGAGCUGAAGGACACGUCCUAACCCUGCUGGGGGACUGAGCAGUGGGGUGAGGACGCUGUGGAGCAUCCGCAUCGCUGCCCUCGUGCCAUGCAGCGAGAGCAUCGCCUGCAGGAGAGGAGCCACGUGGGGACCUGUGGGGACAAAGGGACACUUCAUUCCCACACAGGGCAAGGAUGGGGACAUUCACCCCACAGGAGGACACUUUUCUUCCAGAAGUGAGCGGUCGGGGGGGCUAUGCCAUGAGCAGCCCAGGGGGUCUGAGUGUUGUUCACUGUGAUGUUUUGGGUACCACGUCCGUGUCCUGUCCUUUUUCCAGUGGGUGAUCCAAGAUCUUUUUUUUUUUUUUUUGGAGGAAGCAUCAUUGAUGGGUUGGGGAGGAGAGCCUCCCAGCAGCAGCCAGCACUCACCAAGUGUUGCUCCAGAGUGCUCCUUGCAUCAGGGGAGCAGGGAGCUCAGCUGGGAUCAUAUUGCAAAGCCAUCCUUGAGGACAGUGACAUCUCUGCCACUCACAGCUCUGCUGCCUACUGGGUUGGGACUUACUGCUGGGGACAAAACACGUGGCCCAGCUCCAGAGCAUGGCAGGGGUGAGCAGGUGGGGGGCUGGAGGAGGGCACAGUGCUCAUAUCUGUUCCUGUCCCCAGGUGGUAACCUAGUGGUCACCCAUAGCUCUUGCUGUGGGACCAAUGAAUGGAGUCCUAAGGGCCACCCUGCUCUGCUCAGUGCUGGGGGAGGGGAGAGCUGUGUGGUAUGGGUGGCACUGAGAGCCACAGUGUGUGACAGUGGGCACAGGCACGUGUGGGAGUGAGUGCUGCUGGGGUGGGUGGGUGUCUGUGUGUGUGAGUGGCAGUGUGCAAUAACCCAUGUGCAUGGGCCUCCGUGUGCAUGUGUGCCUCUGCGUGUCAGUGUCUGUGUUUGUGGGGGUCUUUUUGUGUGGGUGCUGCUGUGGGUGGGUGUUUGUGUCCAUGUGUGUGGAUGCCUGUGCACAUGGGUGUCUGUGUGCAUGGAUGCCGGUGUGCAAUAAUACCCAUGUGCAUGCUUGUCCAUGUAUGUGAGUGUUCACGUGUGUGGGUGCCCACGUGCAUAGGUUCUCCUGUGGAUGGCUGUCCCUGUGCACAUACGUCUGUGUGUGUGUCCAUGUGCGUGCACAUCCAUGUCCCAUAGCCCUGCUGCUCCAGGGGGAUGCUGGGAGCCCCAGGGCCGUGCACAUUUGGGACUCUGAUGCCCAAGGAUGGCUCUGGAAGGAGCAGAGACAGGUGAACCCUCCAGGCUUGUCCCCAGCCUGUGGCACCUGGAGGGUGUAUUCAAGGAGCACUGUGCGCUCUGGGGUGCAGCUGGGUGACUCCCAGGGCCAUGGUUGGAUAAUAAACUGUGUGUGUUUCCCUGUGACACAGUGCUCCGUACUC